CGGAAGUGUUAGCACUGUUAGCCCACAGUGAGCAAACUCGACUUCAGCACAAAUUCUCGGUAUUUUCCUUUAAAGGAAACAACAGCCGGACCAGCACGUGACCUAACGUUUCGUAAUUAUCUGCUUCAUGGACUUGUAAAAACUUAAAUUUUCGCCGCUAACGUCGCUAGACCGACAUGGCUGCUAACCCUCCAGGACCAGGCUUUCAAAACAAAACCCGAGUGGCCAUCCUGGCAGAGCUGGACAAGGAGAAGAAGAGGCUGAUGCAGGGCCAGUCCAUGAACAGCCCCGGAGCGAACAUCCCGUUGUCGUCCAGAGCCAGCCUGAAGGAGGUGAGGGACAGCGCGGAGCAGCAGCACAUCGCCGCCCAGCAGAAGGCCGCUCUGCAGCACGCUCACGUCCACUCCUCCGGCUUCUUCAUCACACAGGACUCCUCGUUUGGGAACCUCAUCCUCCCUGUGCUACCCCGGCUGGAGCCCGACUUCUGACUCUGAGCUCCUACUGACAGUGACAAACAUUUCUCAUGCACAUGGUGCAUGCUCCUGGAUUUUUAUAGAUUUUUGCUCUUGUGUGUUUUAGUCAACACAGUGGUUAUGAUGGCAACCGGAAACUUUUCAUAAAGAAUAAAAAUACUGUUACAACUUUA